ACCCUAACUCCCCCCGGGUUCCCGCUUCCUUCAGCCUUCAGCAGUUCGUUCGGCCUCCUCGAGUUCCCCUGUCGUCGCCGCUGCCAGCUUCCUCGAUUACCUCGUCGCCACUGAUCUAAAACACUGAUCCCCGUCUGCCCCUUCCGGCAUUCUGUUUCUCGCGACUGACUGCACCUGCCUCGUCGCCGACAGCUUCUGCCACGCAGCCGACUACUUCUCCUCCAUCUGCAGGUUCUGACAAAUAUUGUAACACUGUUUUCACUCCAAUGACGAAGAAGAAGAAGAACGGUUGUAAAGUGACCUGUAAUCAGGAGCUGAAAGAGGAUGAUAAUGUUGUGCACGAGCAAGAAGAAGAGGAGAAGCCAUCUCAGAAGAAGGCAGGUAGUGAAAUUGAUGAAAUAUUCGCUGGGAAAAAGAGAAAGAAAUCUGAUGAUGAGAAAACAAAUAAUAACAAGAAGAAGAUGAAGAAAAAGAAGAAGAAGACCAAAGAGCAAGAUGAUAAUGAUGAUGGUGGCUUUCUAGACAAACCUUCCCGAUCAAGAAAGAAAACCAGUGAUGGGCUCACAAUCUACACUGAAGAUGAGUUGGGCCUCAAUAAGGCAGAUGCUGGAGGUACUCCGCUCUGUCCAUUUGAUUGUUCUUGCUGCUUUUGAUGCUUUGCCGGAAACUUUGCUUUGUGAUUUUGACCCUUUCUACUUGGAUGCAUUGCCUUUUUUCUUUCUUAUUAUACUUUUAGUAGGAUCAAAAUAGGGUUCAGGUUACCUUGUGUUGGGAUCAGUUGGAAUUUUGGAGCAGAGUUACAAUAGCUCUCGUUGUUGUCCUUCCUCUGUAAUGUAAUUGUGUAUGCAAUUAUGCAUAGGUAUUAGUAAUUUAUUAAUGAAAUAGUGGAAAAUCUUUUGAA